UCAUCUUCUCCUAACUUAGCCAACAGCCACACCGCCGUGUUAUGCUCCAAGCCGUCCCAGGUGACGCGCGCCAGCCAAUGGAGAUUGAGAGAGAAACGCCGGGCAGACUACAGAGUGGAAGGAGCUGGUGCUCCAACACGACACAAGACCAGGACACUAAGAAGGUUGGAGACAGCGACCAGUUCAUCAAGGAGCCAGCAUGGAAAAGGUUCCUUGCUCACGUUGGACCAGGGUUCAUGGUGUCUCUGGCCUACUUGGAUCCUGGCAAUUUGGAAACGGACCUGCAAGCCGGUGCCAAUCAUAGAUAUGAGCUUCUCUGGGUUAUUCUGAUUGGCCUCAUAUUCGCACUGAUCAUCCAAUCACUAGCAGCUAAUCUUGGCGUCGUGACAGGGAGGCAUCUCGCUGAGAUAUGCAAGAGUGAAUAUCCAAAGUUCGUGAUGAUAUGCUUAUGGCUCCUCGCAGAGCUGGCGGUGAUAGCCGCUGACAUACCAGAAGUGAUCGGGACGGCCUUCGCUCUCAACCUCCUGUUCCACAUCCCGGUGUGGGUCGGGGUCCUCAUCACCGGCUCCAGCACGCUCCUCCUGCUCGGGCUCCAGAGGUACGGCGUGCGCAAGCUGGAGUUUGUAGUCUCCAUGUUGGUGUUGGUCAUGGCGGCGUGCUUCUUUGGUGAGCUGAGCUACGUGAAGCCUCCGGCCAAGGAGGUCAUCAAAGGGCUCUUCACCCCCAAGCUGAAGGGGGACGGUGCCACGGCAGAUGCCAUCGCUCUCAUUGGAGCUCUUGUGAUGCCACACAACCUGUUCUUGCAUUCGGCUCUGGUGCUCUCGAGGAAGACACCGGCGUCAGUUAGGGGAAUCAAGGACGCAUGCAGGUUCUUUCUGUAUGAGAGCGGCUUCGCACUGUUCAUCGCUCUGCUCAUCAACAUCGCCGUCAUCUCCGUCUCUGGGACUGUCUGCUUCCGAGAAAACCUCUCGGCCGACGAUGCAGACAAAUGCAGCGACCUCAGCCUGGACAACUCCUCGUUUCUCCUAAAGAACGUGCUCGGUAAAUCCAGCGCGAUUGUCUACGGCGUGGCGCUGUUAGCCUCAGGGCAGAGCUCCACCAUUACCGGCACAUACGCUGGCCAGUACAUCAUGCAGGGGUUCUUGGACAUCAAGAUGAAGACCUGGAUGAGGAACCUGAUGACGCGCUGCAUUGCCAUUUUCCCUAGCCUAGUCGUCUCCAUCAUCGGCGGGUCGAAUGGCGCGGGCCGUCUCAUCAUCAUUGCAUCGAUGAUACUGUCGUUUGAGCUGCCAUUUGCACUCAUCCCGCUCCUCAAGUUCAGCAGCAGCAGCAGCAAGUUGGGACCACACAAGAACUCCAUCUACAUCAUCGUGUUCUCGUGGAUACUUGGAUUGCUACUCAUCGGCAUCAACGUCUACUUCCUAAGCACGAGCUUCGUUGGGUGGCUCAUCCACAACUCGCUGCCCAAGUAUGCCAACGUGCUCGUCAGCAUCGUCGUGUUCCCUCUCAUGCUCUUCUACAUCGUUGCCGUCAUCUACCUCACCUUAAGGAAGGAUACCGUCGUUACCUUCGUCGCUGACUCCUGCAAGACCGACACGGAGAAGGCGGUCGGCGGUAGCUACGACGACGAGCCUGUGCCGUACCGUGAGGACUUGGCAGACAUACCGCUCCCGGCGCACGGUAGAUCAGACUAGGUACAAGUUUUGUUAUGAUACCUACGUCUUGUCGUCUCUGGUUAUGGUACUCCCUCCGGAACCCUCCGUUCCGAUUUAUGAUCAGACUAGGUACAAGUACAUCUUGUCGUCUCGAGGAUAUGUAACUCUUGUCGUCUCCAUGGCUUCGUGGAUAGGUAAAUGUAGGGACUAAGUCACUUAUGGCUCCUCUCAAGAUAUGAUAUAAUAAGCAUUUGUGUAAA